AUGGCAAUAUUGCGCGAAUUGUGCAAAUGGGUCGAGGGUCCGUUCCGCGAUUGGUUUGCAUACGCGAUUGGGUUGAAAAAGAAGCCAGAAAAAAUAGUGUAA